AUGAGGAGAAAUGGAGUUCAUCAACCUUAUACUGAACCCAAAAUGAAAGCUGCAACAACUAAAAUUAGACAACAGAUUAUCCAAGCCACAACUUACUUCAAAAAUUUAAAGUCGCGGAAGAAAGAAAAAUAUGCUGAGAAAGCGGUAUCUGAGACGGAAAAUACUUCUGACAAAAUUCUACUUUUCGAGGGUUGUAAUUUUGCAUUUGAUCUUGAAGAUCUAUUGAGCCCUUCUGCUGAGAUACUUGGAAAGGGAACAUUUGGGUUUACGUAUAUUGUCCAACUGAAAAAUGGACAAAGAAUAGUUGUAAAGAGUGACGCAGAACGGAAGUAA